ACAUCCAUCCAGAAGGAACGGGAGACGGAGAGAGAGAGAUAGAAGAGAGAGAGGCAGGAGGCCGAGAGGAAGGGAGAAUUAAACCCACCUAAACCUGUCUGACACGAAGGACAACCAACACAUCAACAAGCGAAAGCAAGAAGACUUAAAGGACAUUACAGGGGAAACUGUUUCUUCUUCUCUUCAGGACCACUUUUUCCUGUCGUCUCGCAAGAGAGAAACUUCAUUUUUAGCAGCAAUGGCCCAAGAGACGAACCAGAGCCAGGUGCCCAUGCUUUGUGCCACGGGCUGCGGUUUCUAUGGCAACCCAAGAACCAAUGGUAUGUGCUCCGUAUGCUAUAAGGAUCACCUGACGCGGCAGCAGAGCAGCGACCGCAUGAGCCCCCUCAGCCCUAUGGGUAUGGGCUCAGCUGGUAGUCCUACCUCAGAGGCCUCAGCCAUCCUGAGACUAGAAGCCAGUUUAGCAAAGGUUGAUGCCUCGCCUGCCUCUUCACCAGACAUGUCUAGAACUAUUCAAGGAUCUCUCCCUGUUACUCAACAAAUGACAGAGAUGAGCAUCUCGAGAGAAGACAAGCCUGAACCCUUAGAGCCUGUUGUAAACCAGCCUGCUGCUUCUAGCCCUUCUCCUGUAGCUUCUUCCAGCAGUGAAGAAGGCAAGGGUGAGACCCCAAAACCCAAGAAGAAUAGGUGCUUCUUGUGCCGUAAAAGGGUGGGCCUUACAGGGUUCGACUGUCGCUGUGGCAAUCUGUUCUGCGGCAUCCACCGAUACUCAGACAAGCACAACUGUCCCUACGAUUACAAAGCCGAGGCUGCCGCCAAGAUCCGCAAAGAGAACCCCGUGGUGGUAGCUGACAAGAUCCAGAGAAUAUAGAUUUUACAAAGCAAAAACAACAACAGCAGCAGCGGCGGCAACGGCGACAACACCUUUGACAAAGACUUGAGAAUGAGUGUGAACCUUUUGAAAUGAGCACUGGCAUGAGUGGCUACGUGAGGAUCGAAAGGACCUUGAUUUACAAAAAUUACAACCUCAAGAAAAUGACGGAGGGAAAAAAAAGAAGAAAAAAUGAAAAGAUCUGAGGGAGAUGCAUGAAUGAUCACUUUUCUCCUUUUUUGAUUAAUUCAUUAGUUUGUUUUAUCCUAUUUUCUGUGGUGUGUGACUUUGCCGCUGUUAAGUCCUCUUUUUUUUUUCUAAGAAUAUGUAUUGUCUUAUUAAGAGCAGCCCAAGCUAAGGAUAUGCUGUGCUCCUCUCACCCAAACCAGGCGCCAUUUUGUGCCAAACCGUAGACAGCCAUUUUACUUUAAGACCCUGUCACGUGUCAGACACCAGCAGGUCUUUCAAAGCAUUCAGACUACACAGUAACAGUCCACACGAGUUGUGUCCCUCAACCUUUUGAACUUCUUUGUUCUGUGCUCCGUUGGUACUGGAGUCAGUCGACGUUUGGAGAACCGUACAACUGUCCCCCACCACGCACAAGGGGCUUUGUUACUUUGUCUCUGUCUUUCCUAGCUUUACCUACCUCACAGCUGCUGUGUUAAGCUUUGUUGUCUUCCCUUUUACGUUGUUGUCAUCAGCUUCGACCCCCAGCAGAACAAUGGAUCAUCUUGAUAGUCGGCCUCAGUGACCCUCUGAUCAGCAUGUCUGUGUUGACUUCGAUCGGUUUGAUUGUGAUGAGGCUGUUUUCCAUUAUGGCUGGAGGUAUCAUGCUAGACAGGGACAAAAAAAAAAAUACUCCACGUUUCACUGAAUCUAAACAUUUUCAAUGGACAUAAUGGGUAAAAGGGGUUCCCCAACUGGUCUGAGCUCAUAUUGUAAUCACAGACGCCUGGUGCAGGGCUGUGUGUACCGAUGUGUGGCCUGAGAGGAAGGACGGCACCCUUCCCUGCUGGGCCUGAUUGGUGAAUUUAAGCAACAAUAUUGUCGGGGCAUGAAUGAAUGGGAUAAAUGCAUGAGUUACUCUUCAUCUGCGUUAGUGUUUCAGAAAUAUUUGGCAUCACUCAACAUAGGGUUUCAGACAUUUUAUUUGCUGAGAGACAAUUAUCUGUUAUGUUUUAUUAGCUUUUUUUUUCUCUUCCAUUGAUAUUGUACUGAUGUUAGCGCAUGUAUCCAGUGCAUUUUGUGGAAUUAGGGUAUGUGAACCAUGAUUUUUUUUUUUUUUUAAUGCGCUAACAGAACGUUCAUGUGAGCACAGUGAGUGUGUGGAUGUGUGCGUGCGAGCGUGUGUGUGUGUGUGUGUGUCGAACCCUUUUUUGUCUGUGGAGCUACCCGGUUUAUCAGCACAUGUUUACAGAACUACAGGAGCAUGCCAGAGCUAGAUUUAUGAAAAAUAAUAGAUACCAAGAUUAGAUGUAACUUCUCAUCUAACAGCUAUUGGUGUGUGUGUGUCUGCUUUAGAGCACCGUAGAGAAGUGUGUGUGUGUGUGUGUGUGUGUAUUUGUGCGCGUGCAUGUGCACAUUCCCGUGCAAAAAAAGUGUGUUUUCAUGGCUGCCUGACACAUUGAAACCCACGUAUGUUUGUGACUUGUGUUAAUCCCCACUUUUUUUUUCUCCCCCUCCCCCCCUGUAAGGAUGUUUUUCAUUUAAAAGACAACUGUAUGUAUCCGUUUUGAGUUUUUUUUCCCUUUCUGAUUCUUAGUUAUAUGCAAAUUUGUACAAAAAAUGAAAAAACAACAACAAACUGUGUUGAUAUUUAUGUAUUACAUAUAAUCUUGCUAUCCAGCAUUACGACAGAAUAGUAUCAUGUAAAUAAAACUGUACAGAGAGACAUUA